AAUAGUAGCGGGUGUGAGGUGAAUUUGAACUUGGAGCCCGGGCGGAGCGGAGUAUAGUCUUAGCUGAUGUCCAAGCAGACUGCGCUAUAAGGACAGAUAAGAAAGUGAAAUACAGAGAGAGCUCUAUGCAGCUGGGACAAGAACAUCUGUGUGCUACUCCUGACCUGCGCGUAGUUCUAGGACACGAAUCUGGGCUCCUUGAAAACUAGAUUGGACACGUUCUCGGUGGAUAUCUAACCAAGGCUCUGUAGAGAUGUUACAUCUAAGACACCUUCUGCUGUUGGUCUUUCUCUUUUCUGCCUUGGCUGAUGAUCCUUCAUGGAGGAUGAAGGUGGAGAAAGCUGCCCCUGCUAGUGGCUCUCUGGCUGGAAGGGUGGUGCUACCAUGUCACUUCUCCAUCCCGUCCUCCGACCAACACACCCGGACACUCACCCCCAUGCUCACCCCCAACGUCCCCAGCCCAGAAGAGCAUCUGAGGAUCAAGUGGACCAAGCUGGAGGAAACUGGGGAGAAGGUGGUGCUGGUGGCGCAAGGAGGAGUGAUCAAGGUGGGGCCGGAGUACCAGGGCAGGGUGUCCGUGCCCAGCCACCCCCAGGCAGUAGGGGAUGCCUCGCUGAUAGUCGUGCGCUUGAGGGCCAGCGAUGCUGGGCUGUACCGCUGUGAGGUCAUGUAUGGGAUGGAGGACACCCAGGAUACUGUUCAUCUCAAUGUCAGCGGUGUGGUGUUCCACUACAGGUCUAGUUCAAGCCGCUACACCUUGUCAUUCCCUGAGGCCAUCAACGCUUGUCUCAGCGCCGGGGCGGUCAUCGCUACAGCUGAACAGCUGAGUGCUGCCUAUGAGGAUGGACUGGACCAGUGUGACGCCGGGUGGUUAGCGGACCAGACCGUCAGGUACCCCAUCACAAAGCCCCGUCCUGGUUGCAUGGGUGAUAUGAAAAACAGGCCUGGGAUCAGGACGUAUGGGUUGAGACACCCCAAUGAGACCUACGAUGUCUACUGCUAUGUGGACAAACUUAAUGGCGAGGUGUUCUACGCUCCUAUUCGCUACAAGCUGACCCUGCGCCAGGCCAGGCGCGAGUGUGAGAAGCAGGGCGCCGUGCUUUCCUCCCCCGGUAACCUGUUUGCCGCGUGGCGCGCAGGUCUGGAUCGCUGUGACUAUGGCUGGCUGUCAGACGGCAGCGUCCGCUAUCCCAUCUCCAUCCCCAGGCCACAGUGUGGCGGAGGGCAGCUGGGGGUCAGGACUCUGUACCGACUCCCUGACCAGAGAGGCUACCCUAACGCUUUUGACAGGCAUGGAGCUUUCUGCUUCAAGAGUCUCCAGUCGUGUACAGUGAAUGUGUGUCUGAACGGAGCAUCCUGCUACCAGAGAGGAAGCGCCAGCGUCUGUGUGUGUUCACCUGGGUACACUGGAAAUCGCUGCCAGACAGAUGUUGAUGAGUGCCAGUCCAACCCUUGUCAUAACGGUGCCACCUGUAUGGAUGGAGUGAACUCCUUCAGAUGUUUGUGUCUGCCCAGCUAUGCAGGAGAGCUCUGUGAACAAGACACGGAGGAGUGUCAAUAUGGCUGGCAGAAAUUCCAGAGCCAUUGUUACAAGUACAUCACCCACCGCCGGACCUGGGACGCUGCGGAGAGGGAGUGCCGUCUUCAAGGCGCCCACCUCACCAGUGUCCUGUCACAAGAGGAGCAGUUGUAUGUCAACCGUCUGGGCCAUGACUACCAGUGGAUCGGUCUGAACGACAAGAUGUUUGAGAGGGACUUCCGCUGGACAGACGGCAGCGUCAUGCAAUAUGAGCACUGGCGCCCCAACCAGCCAGACAGUUUCUUCCAGUCUGGAGAGGACUGUGUGGUGAUGAUCUGGCACGAGGGAGGUCAGUGGAACGAUGUACCCUGCAACUACCACCUUACCUUCACCUGCAAGAAGGGCACAGUGGCGUGCGGCCCACCUCCAUUAGUGAAGGAUGCUCAGGUGUUCGGUUCCAUGAAACCUCGUUAUGAGAUCGACACUCUGGUUCGCUACCACUGUAAAAACGGCUUCAUACAGAAACAUGUCCCCACCAUCCGUUGCCGUGACAAUGGCCAAUGGGACAGACCCAAGGUUACCUGCAUGAGCCCCUCUACAUACCAGAAGUCUUUUGCUUUUAGGCAACACACCAAUUCACACAUCAAUCACAAGCUUAUCCAGAAUCAAUACAAUCCAGACAAUCAUAAAAAGCUAAACCAAAACGAGCACAACUAUCAAAGCCAACAAUAUAACAGUCAACACCAACAGAAGAACUACAGCCCACAACGUCAAGACAGACUUAACCAACAACUUCAGAGCCAGAGAGAGAGGAGACAUCAACACUAAUCCGAUUUCCAGUCAGCCUAUGAAUAUACAAAUGAGGUUGUAACAUAUUUAUAGGCUAACUUUAUCAAAAUUCACAGGUUCUCCAGAAAUCCGUGUUGGUGGAUUCAGAAUGUCAUGCAUAGCCCCCCCUGAUUCUGAGAAUCUUUCAUCCAGGAUUUCUGGAAAAUCUGAGAAUGUUUGUGAAAGGACCAUCAUUUUGCACCAUUAACCCAGAGCAGCACAACAUGUUAACUUGGACCACACCCACAGACAGCCGUGUAGGUUUUUCGCAAUACAUAAUCAUAACCAGUGAGCUAACUCUGAUAAAACACUUUUCUAAUUUAUGAAAACGUUUAAAAACUUUGUUACACAUAGUAUUGAGUCCAAUUCAAAUUAAACUCGGAAUUUUUUUUCCAGUUAUUUAUUGAAGUUAGCUGGCUAACUUGAUCUUGAUAUUGCUUAGUGAAAUCUACCCCAAAACAAGUGUUCCUACAAUGGUGACACAGAGUGCCUUAAUGGUUUAUACAACAACAAAGUCCGUCGAGAAGUCUGUCAAGACAAGAAAUCUUAACAAUUCCUGAUCUAGAAGCACCCAUCUGAAUUCAAUUUUUCUUUGUACCCUGUUUUUUUUCAUGAGAAAUUAUCCACUGAAAAUAAAUGUCAAAUAUAUAUCUAGCUAACCACCAAAAUGUUGGCUGUGGGCUGGUGACAAGUUUGUAAGUAUUCCAAUGGAAGCGCCCACUAUUUAUUAUGUGGAAUAAUUAGCAUUCCCAUAAUAACAUCAGCAAUUGUUUAGUUAAUGAGUCAUUACAUCUUUUUUGUUUGCAGAAUGUUGUUUUCAUAAAUAUAAUUGAUUCAAUAUUGAGCACAUGGUGUCAUGUGGAGUCAUGCGAGAAAUAAAAAGGCAAAUGAGCCACGUCUUCAGUCUACUUAAAUAAAAUCAGUGUAUGGAAAUCAUUGUUAGUGACAGGUAAUUGUUAACAUAUGGUGCAUAGAACUGAUACAGUGGGAGCUCUAUCAGUUCCUUAUAUGAGAAGAGAUGAUGAGAGGAAUGUAUCAGGACUGUCUAGUGAUACUCAGCUCCGUCGUUGGUUCUCCAGCAUAUUGAAAGAGGAUUGGUGAUACCUUUACUGGGAAACAAUGGUUUAUGGGAAACAAUGGUUUACUGGGAAACAAUGGUUUACUGGGAAACAAAGGCAGCGGGUUUCUUUUCUUUAACCUGUUUAAGGCAUGUUGUUAAUUUUAAUACAUACACAACAAUGAAGAUGAAAGGACAGAGUCUAAUGAAUGUGUGUGUUUUGGCCUGUGCUGUGGUCAGGAUUCUGACUCAUAAGAAAGAGGAUGAUGGUUUUAGAAAGCUUAAUUUAUUGCUUAUGUUUCAUCGGUUAAUGGACAGUGAUGCUGUUUAAGGUCAUGAUAACUGAUGUGAUCCUUGUAACGAUGACUUCUGCUGUUGAAAAUCUGCCUUGUUGUAGUAUGCAUUAUGUUGGCCUUGUGUUCCUUAGGUUGCACAUAACCUGUUUAUUAAAGUUAUACAAUCCAGAUAUCUGAGCUUUUACUGUGCCUUGCAGGGGGUUGAUUUGGACCUGAGAGUGUGUGUUUUGUCACACUCUCAGUUGAUUUGGAUCUCAGUGUGUUUUAUCAUUCAAAUUGGGUUUUUACCCCAGAGACUGUUGGGGCUUCUGUAUCGGGGGGAAGGGAAAUGUGAUUUACCAGAGAACAUUUUGUGUGUAUUUCUGUUUCUGUUGUGUAUGUCACCAAAGACUUACUAAAACUGUACAGUACCUAUAGCCUGUCCUCAACUUCCACUGUCUGUGCAGUAAAAGAGAAAGAUUUUUAAAAAAUCCAUGUGUUUCAAUAUUCUCACACUUAAUAUCUCAAUGCUGAAUAUGCAAUCCAUGUACUAAAAACAGCUUGAAAGGAGAUUUCAAACCUGUCUUUAACUACUGACUACCAGCAGAGGGAGACACUAUUUUAGAAAGUAGUCACGUCGAAUGGGGUACCGAGAGUUUGUACAAAUGAAUCAGUGAAUAAAAUUAUUGAAGUGAA